GCGUGCAUGCUAAGUAGUGCAAGUAUAGAUAGAUAGUGUGUACAACAAAACUAUGCGUGAAGUUUGAAUGAAACGGAGGACACUUCUUUUGUUUUGUUUUUUGUAAUAUCGAUGCCAUCUCGAUGAUGAUCAUGAUGAUAAACACGUUGACGAUCAUCACAAUCGAAUGCUGACUAUGCGUCCGUGUCCAUUUCUUUGAUAAUUAUGGAAUACAAUUGGACCCAGAACAUGGACGAACGGCCAAACAGAAGUAACAGAGGACGCGGCGGUGAUUUUGUCGGUGGUAUAGACAACGAAGCGCUGGACUUUUCGCAGCUCGAAGCUUUCAUCAACAGUGAAGGAUCUCAGAGCAAUGGCAACUACUUCGGAGAUUCCCUGGGCGCAACCGGAAGCCAGCAGAACGCGUCCGGAAAACUGCUCAACGUCAUCGUACAGAACAAGAGGAUGGCCGGCCAUUCAUUACCGGAAUCUCCUCCCGAUAGCAGUUCAGAGCAUCCCUACAGCCCUCCGGACAAUUGCGAUGCGGCACUCUCCGCCGCCCCCGACGCCAUCUACACCACCUUGGGUCAACCGAUCUACAAGCAGAACAUGCUCAAUCCCAUCAUGAACGAUGGUAUUAUACUUGGAUCCCAUAUCGUGGUAGCCGAGCCCACCGGUCCUGGAGACCAGCAGCUCAUGGAGACCGGCAAUUUGAUACAUCAGGAUGCGACGCGGAUUCUCCUCAACUCCGACGAUAUGCUGACGGACGAUCAAAACAGGAGUAUGAUGACCGCCAACAACGCUGCCGACGCUUACGAUCGUCGCAAUUCGGAGAUUCUGUUGGUGAAGAACCAACAGACCGAUGCAAAUCUGAUGCAUUUAGGUUUCACCUCCAAUUCCCUGGAUAUUCAGAUUCCCCAACGUUUGGACAACUUGUGCGAUAAUAAUGGUUUGGAUAACAUUCAGCAGGUCGUGUACACCAACUUGCAGAAUGUCCCUAAAAAGCGAAAGCUCUCGCAAGAUUUGACUGUCAAAAGCGAACCAGAGCAUUGCACAACGAGUCAACUAAGCCCGUCAGCCAAUAUUAGCCCUUCUUUAGAUGAAGACUACCCAGCAUCUGAAACUUGCUUGUCCGACUCCCAAUACCAAUGUAUCAGGUUUCAAGCAUUCCAGCAGACAGCAUGGCACGCCCUGUGCGAUCAGAAUUUAACGGAACUUCCGUCACCUCAUUACAGGGUUGACGCAGACAAGGGUUUCAACUUCUCAAACGCCGACGACGCUUUCGUCUGCCAGAAGAAAAACCAUUUCCAAAUAACAUGCCACGUCCAAUUGCUCGGAGACGCUCAAUUCGUGAAGACAUCCGACGGUUUCCAGAAAGUGUCCAGCUUUCAUCUGCAUUUUUACGGGGUGAAACAUGAUUGUCCGACCCAGACGAUACGCGUGGAGCAGAGCCAGAGCGAUAGAAGCAAAAAACCAUUCCAUCCAGUACUAGUCGAGCUUAUUAAUUCGCAAGUGACGAAGGUGACGGUCGGUCGGCUGCACUUCAGCGAAACCACUUCGAACAACAUGCGAAAGAAAGGAAAACCGAAUCCGGAGCAGAGGUACUUCCAAUUGGUCGUCGGUCUGCACGCGCACACAGCCCAUGGCAAUUUCCCAAUCAUCAGUCACGCAAGCCAGAAGAUCAUCGUGCGAGUUCAGGCUUCGAAUCCCGGACAAUUCGAGAGCGACGUCGAACUCUGCUGGCAGAAGGGACAGACACAGGAUUCGAUCUUCCACGCGGGGAAAGUCGGCGUGAACACGGAUAGACCGGACGAAUCGUUGGUGGUUCAUGGUAACAUCAAGAUCACCGGACAUAUAGUGCAACCGAGCGAUGUCCGCGCCAAAAAGAAUAUAGUCGAGUGCAAUACGGCCGAGCAGCUGAGCAACGUUCAAAAGAUGCGAGUGGUCAAGUACGAGUACGAUCCUGGAUUUGCUAAGCAACUGAACAGGACUGGCGGAUACUGCGACACGGGUGUUAUAGCCCAGGAGAUCGCAAAAAUCUUACCUGAGGCCGUAAGUCCCGCAGGUAACUUAAUCCUAGGAGACGGGACGGCUAUAGAUGAUUUCUUGGUGGUCAACAAAGAAAGGAUCUUCAUGGAAAACAUCGGUGCGGUCAAGGAGCUUUGCAAAGUCACGGAUAACCUGGAGACCCGCAUAGAUCAACUCGAACGCAUCAACAAACGCCUGAACAAAUUCGGCAACAACAUUAAAUACAAUUCGUACAAUAAAAGCUCCAAGAUGCACAACUGCAACAUUCCAGACUCCGAGUCCAUAUUUUGUUCCAACAAAUUCAUACAAGUGGUCAUCGUUGUACUUGUUUUGAUCAUGGCGUUCUGUUUGGCGACGAUCACCGUGCUCUAUCUCUUGCAAGCAUCGCGACACAAUCAAUUGACCCAGGCCAGUUUGCAAGCCGUCCGACACGCGGUGACCACGCACAGUCCAAGUAAAAUGAAACCAAGCACUUUGCAGACGUUCCAGCAGGUGCAUACCACCCCCAUGUAUAAAGAGAACAUCCACAUAAGUGGAUUAACUAAGCAUCCGAUGAACGGUCUCAGAUCCAAGCAAGUCAUAGGGAGACCGCCGGCCUGCAACAGCGUUGAAGACGAAAUCGAUCAUCCGAACUUAUGUCAGAUUUACUGUUGCGUUCCUCCGAAACUGGACACCAACAUCGUGGAAGCUUUGUACGGUGUGCAAAACGCGAGAAAAAACAAAUCGGAGACGUUGUUGAAUCUAGAAGAGAAAAACAGGCAAAUCGGAAAAUCUUUACAUACAAAUAAUAUAGACAAGCAUCUGCAAAGACGCGACGCCGACUACUGGCACGACAAAGAUAACAAUUACGACACAGUCGGCGAUGAAUUACACUUCACGAUCAUUAUCCAAGGGAAAUCCUUCAACACGACAUUAACAGACGAUUAUCUGGACUCGCACAGUUCUAAUGGAAAUUAUACCUACUACAUCCAGAUCUCGAAGUACAUGCCGGAUGAAUACAUCAACAUCAUAUUUCAAUCUUCUCAAGCUCAUUUGAAAGAUAUCGAGCAUUGCAACAGUCACAAACAGACAGAGUGUCCAAUGCAGUUCGAGGAGAAGAACUCGAUGAGAAAAGUGAACGAAAAUGUGCCCAGCCAGCAAAUCAAUUCGCAGAGCGUCAGCUUCGAGGUCGAUUUGCAUACACUGCAUUCGAAACUCACCACUUAUCGUGCAUCACUAAAACAGAAUCAGAACAAAUGCAAAUUAUCGACUACGAAAGUCGGCAUCGAAUUCACCGAAUACAACUUCUUCUUCAUCCGAUACUGCGAUGACUGACAUUGGGAGUGCAACUCGACAUCACGAUACUACUCAUCACGUUGCGGUGAUUGGAAUUGAUAGAAUAAUUUCCCCCUUUCUCUACAUACGAAAGAAACGUUUUCUUUCUUGUACAAAAAUCAUGACAAGUUUUAUAUUUUUUUUUUCUCUUUGACAACAAAAAAAAAACAUGAUGCAAAGUAAAUAGGUAGUGAUAAUGCCCCCCCCACACACACAAACAUGAUACACGUACACACACAAAUGAUGUGCAAUACGAUGCAAUUGAUGUUCGAUCUCAAGAUCUAAACUGUAUAAUAAUGGUAAAGA